AUGAAGUGCGUGAUACUUGCCGGAGGGCAUGGCACCCGGCUAAGGCCGCUUACUCUAACGGUACCUAAACCUAUGAUUCCAUUCUGCAAUCGACCUAUCAUAGAGUACCAGAUAAGUGCGAGUAAAAAGGCCGGAGUGGAUCACAUUAUACUAGCAAUAUCGGAAGAACAACGAGGAAUGGUUCCAUUGAUCGCGGAACUUAGCGAAAAGUGCAAGAUCCGCAUUGAUUGCUCAAUCGAGACAGAAUCACUCGGUACAGCUGGACCACUGAGGCAUGCUAAAUCGUUUAUAUGCGAUCCUGACGACGCUUGUGAGCUACUUCUGGUGCUGAACAGUGAUAUCAUCUGCAACUACCCAUUCGCCGAGAUGAUAUCAGCGCACCGAAAGAAUAAAGCGGACGCAACAAUCCUGGUCACAAAAACAACGCAUCCGAGUGAUUUCGGUGUCAUCGUCCACGACGAAACUUACCGAAUACAGGAAUUCGUAGAGAAGCCAACGGAGUUUAUCUCGAACCAAAUUAAUGCAGGCGUUUACGUCAUCAAUAAAAAGAUGAUAGAUCAUAUCCCUGAAGGAAACGUAUCCAUAGAACGCUACCUUUUCCCUACCAUGGUGACUAUGGGUCGUACCUAUUGCCAUCCACUCACAGGGUUGUGGGCUGAUAUCGGGAAACCGUCAGACUACAUUAGAGGACAGCAGCUAUACCUAUCCGGCCCGUCAAAUGAAGAGCAAGGGGUAAUGCUACGUUAUAAGGCCGAUGGUGGAGAAGAUCACGUGGAAGGUUCGCAGGUACUUGUCGAAACCAAGGGUGGGCUACUUGUCGAACUGCUUCACGAGACGGAUAAUUUUGUACCUCCGCCGUUAGGAGGAACAACAGCGGAUCUUAGUGCACUGUCUCAUAUCGGGGAGGAUGUAGUUAUACGGCCACCCGUGCUCAUACAUCCCUCUGCCCGUAUCGGACGUGGUUGCGUACUGGGACCAAACGUUUGUAUAGGACCGAAUACUGUUAUCGGGGAGGGUUGCAGGAUAGUCCGCACAACCAUUUUUGCUGGUGCCUGUCUUGAGGCUCAUGUCUACAUUGAGGGUAGCAUAAUAGGCUGGGAUUCGCACAUCAAGUCAUGGGUACGUGUUGAAGGUCUCACGGUACUCGGAAAGGACGUAGUGGUCGGGGAGGGACUCUUCCUAAGAGGGUCUAUAGUCCUUCCGCACAAAGCGAUCACAAAGAGUCUCUACGAUAGCGGAACAAUUAUUAUAUAA